AUGGCUGACACCGUAGAAGAGAUAGAAUUAGAUUCUAUCGAUUCGGGGGACUGUGGCAGUGAUCACACAACCCAACACAGUAGCGAUGCAGGUGAUCAGGUUGGUUCAUCGUCCAACACAAAGAUUGCUGGUGGCAAAGUUAGUUUAUGUAGAACAACGCCACACACGCAGACGGGCAAACGAACCCAAAUGCUGAAAAUGUUGACACUGACAUUAGUUCCUAUCAUUGUGCUCGCCGCCUUAGCUAUCAUAGACCUCAGAGCUACCGUUAGACGAAACAUCGACGCCAUUGAGACACGACGAAAUGUACGCUUUAGUCGCCAAGUUGGCAGCCUCGUUCACAGCCUUCAAAUUGAACGCGACAUGACAGCACUUUACAUAAGUUCGUUGGAGCAGGCUCGUCCGAUGCCCGAAAGAAAGAUCGCGUUAAUUAGCACGUAUCCAGUAACAGACGAAGUGUUAGACAGCCUGAAUGACUGGCCUUCGUAUGGAACAAGGACAUAUCAGCGCUUCGAAAAUAAAGAAAAGUUUGCGAAGUCCCUGUUCGAAUAUCGACUGACUCUUGACAUUCACAACACCACCAUUUAUGAGGUAAUUGAUUUCUAUACAGAUGAAACUCAAAUAUUAAUCGAUUGGUUGUAUGAAGCUGUAGGUAAAUGUGAAGGUCAAGGGUUAUGGGAGACCCUGGUGGCCUAUCAAUUUCUUAUUGUUGGUAUGGAACAGAUUGGUAUUGAAAGAACACUGGGAGCAGUGUUUUAUACCCAUGGGGGAUUUACGCGAGAUGAAGACCAUCUUUGGUAUAUGCAGAAAUUUCAGGUCGGAGAACGGAAUAUAUGGAUGUCACAGAAAUACUCGCGUCUGAUAAGUGAAAUACUCAACAAAAAAGUACACGAGCUGGAUCACGAUUUUCGGGGCACUAUUGAGGAACUACGCGAGCCAAUCAGACUCAAUAACAAGUCCAGAAUCCCAUCUUGGCAAGACAGUUCUCAUUGGUUUGACAAUAUGACGCUGUAUAUAGAUACCUUGAGAGGUUGUCAAAAAAGAAUGGCUGACAUCAUAUUGAUAAAUCUGGAAACCCUUGUACACCGAGAUGAAGCUGAGCUUGGGGCCAGCAUUGGUACCAUGGCACUUGUUUUAAUCACAUGUAUAAUAAUAAUUAAGACUAUCGAGAAAUUGGCAAAUGACAUCCAAAACUAUGCUGUACUGUUAGCUGAACAGUCCCGAAGCGUGAUGAAACAACGGAAACAUACAAAGAUGCUGCGUUACCAGUUAUUACCGAAGUCAGUUGUAAUACAAUUGAACAGCAACAAGACUGUGAAUGCUGAGUUUUACUCAGAGGCAACGCUAUUCUUCUCAGAUAUGGUCGGAUUUACCCAACUCUGUGAAGAAAGUAGCCCAAGUCAGAUUGUUGAAAUAAUGAAUAAUGUCUACUUGCAUUUUGAUAGUCGUAUUAAGAAAUAUGAUACCCACACAGUGGAAGUGGUUGGCGACUGCUAUAUAGUCGUUUCAGGGAUCCCAAAUAGAAAUGGAAGUCGGCAUGCGAGUGAGAUAGCCAUCAUGGAAUUGGAUUUAGUUAAUUGUAUUAAGUAUAUGGUCGUGCCACACAAGCCAAGCACUAAGAUGGCUAUUCGAGUGGCAAACCGCAUCCACUUGAGUGAAGCCACUUUCAUGAUUCUUAAGAAGAUGUCUAUAUUUGCUUUGGCUGCUAGAGGUGACACUCUUAUCAAGGGGAGAGGUAUGAUGCCUACGUAUUGGUUACUAGGACAACAACUAGCGGUCGAAGAAGAACCAGACGAGUUUGAUGAUGAGGUGGUCAACUUGAACCCUAAUGAUAUUUCCAAGCAGCGACCUUCCUGUUCUAAACCAGAAGCAUGCCAUGAUUGGGCAGAUGAGUGUAUGACAGUGGGAGAGUUACAGUCAAACAAAGCGAAAAAUUCACCGCCAAAAGAGAUCGAGUGA